AUGCCCAGCUUUUUCCCUGUUGCCCGAGGCGCACAAGGGCGCGGGCAGCAACGGGCGGCAACUGGCAGCACAGGCACGGGCAGCAACGGGCGGCAACAGGUAGCACAGGCACGGGCAGCAACGGGCGGCAACAGGCAGCACAGGCACGGGCAGCAACGGGCGGCAACGGGCAGCGUAGGCACGGGCAGCAACGGGGGGCAACGGGCGGCACAGGCAUGGGCAGCAACGGGCGGCAACAGGCAGCAGAGGCACGGGCAGCAACGGGCGGCAACAGGCAGCACAGGCACGGGCAGCAACGGGCGGCAACGGGCAGCGCAGGCACGGGCAGCAACGGGCGGCAACGGGCGGCACAGGCACGGGCAGCAACGGGCGGCAACAGGCAGCACAGGCUCGGGCAGCAACGGGCGGCAACAGGCAGCACAGGCACGAGCAGAAACGGGCAGCACAGGCACGGGCAGCAACGGGCGGCAACGGGCAGCACAGGCACGGGCAGCAACAGGCAGCAACAGGCAGCACAGGCACACGCAGCAACAGGCAGCAACGGGCAGCACAGGCACGGGCAGCAACAAGCGGCAACGGGCAGCACAGGCACGGGCAGCAACGGGCGGCAACGGGCAGCACAGGCACGGGCAGCAACGGGCGGCAACAGGCAGCACAGGCACGGGCAGCAACAGGCAGCAACGGGCAGCACAGGCACGGGCAGCAACAGGCGGCAACGGGCAGCACAGGCACGGGCAGCAACAGGCGGCAACGGGCAGCACAGGCACGGGCAGCAAUGGGCGGCAACAGGCAGCACAGGCACGGGCAGCAACGGGCAGCACAGGCACGGGCAGCAACGGGCGGCAACAGGCAGCACAGGCACGGGCAGCAACAGGCAGCACAGGCACGGGCAGCAACGGGCGGCAACGGGCAGCACAGGCACGGGCAGCAACGGGCAGCACAGGCACGGGCAGCAACGGGCAGCAACGGGCGGCAACAGGCAGCACAGGCACGGGCAGCAACAGGUAG